GUAUAUUAUGUUGUGUUAUUAAACGAUAAAUAAAUCAAAAUAUUUUAUAUAAUUUGAAAAAUUUGUAGCAAUUGAUUUAAAUAACAAUAAAUUAGUUUAAAGUUUUUAAAUUAAAUGAAUUAUUUAAAAUGAGUGUAAGUGAAGCUGAAACUGUUGCUGAUCUGGUACAAAAAUUAAUUAUUUCAGUAUGCGGCCAGCAACAAAAGCCAGAAAUUAUAAGGCGGUUAAUGAGAUACUCUUUGGGUCUAUUGUCAUCUAUUCAAGGUGUUGAGUCAUUUUGUCAAGAUGAAAUUACUAUUGCCAAUGAAAUUAAAAGCAAGUUGUCAUCCAGGGACUGUAAUCAUUUUGACAAGCUUCACAAUGAUAUCAAAGAUAAGUCACUAAAAAACAAAGUAGGAACAUUGUUAUUUUUAUUAAAUAUGAGCAAUCAAUCAAAUCAAGUUAAAGAUAAGUUUUCAUUCCAUGACAUGAGAUUAGGACUUUCUUUAGCACCUUCUACGAGUGUUGAUAGACAAUCAAACUCGCAAGCACAGAUAGUAUCAUUAAAUACACCAGAUUAUUCAAGUUGUCCCGAGAAAACAACAAAAGAAAAUAACUCGAGCAAGAUAUUUAUUAAUCAACAUAAUAUAUCUGAAAAUGUUUUAGUACAAGAUUUAAUUUAUUCGUUUCAAGGUAUUGAAGGGAAAAUUCUUAAAUUAGAUUCAAAUUAUGGAUUUCAAUUGGACUCAAGUGUUGAAAUAAACAGAUCACAUAAACAAAGUGUACUGAGAUUAAGUGAAUUAGGUUAUUUACAUAAUGUUGUAAGAAAAGGAUUAGAAAGAAUGUCAAUGGCUGGGGCGGGAAGAGUUGCUGAUAGCUUUGUUGCUUCUUUUCAUAAAGAAUUAUCUGAGUAUUAUAGAUUUAUUGCUAUAAUACAAGAGCAAGUUAAUAGAGCAAACAGUAAUAAUAGUAGUAAUAGUAAUAGUAAUAGUAAUAAUAAUAAUAAUAAUAGUAGUAAUAGUAGUAGUAGUAAUUGUAUGAGAGGAAUUGAUGGUGGUGAGACAGUGACGCUUUCUCAUCUUCAUUUAUGGGCAUUUGAUCCACUUGAAAAUUUCAAGUGGUUGGGAAUAAUUGUCAGAGCAUGCCAAAAUGAAAAAGGUGGAGCUUUAGCAUCUGCAGUAUAUGAAUUUAGUCAUCAUGGUGAUCCCAAAGUUAAAAAAUUAGUACAUCGAAUAUUGUCAAGUGUUUGUGAACCACUUUAUAAUAUGUUGAUUCGUUGGAUAAAUGAUGGUGAGUUAGAUGAUCCUUUUCAAGAAUUUUUUAUUGAAGCAAGAACUGAUGUUACGGGUGAUAGAAUGUGGCAUGAAAAAUAUCAUGUAAGAGACAAUAUGUUACCAACAUUUAUUCCUAAAUCACAAGCUAAAAAAAUUCUUGGUACCGGAAAAAGUAUUAAUUUUUUAAGACAAGUAUGUAAAGACUCGACCGCUAUUUACAGUCGUCAUGCUGAUAUGCUAAUUGAUAAUACAGAUAAAUCUAAUGUAGAAGCAUUUUUUAAUAUGGAUCCUGAUGGUCCACUUCAGAUGAUGAUGGACGCUGCUUAUAAAGAAAAUUCAACCAGAGUAGUUGAAAUGUUGACAAAACAGUGUCAACUUAUUGAUCAUUUACAAGGUAUAAAAGGAUAUCUUUUGCUCGGUCAGGGUCAUUUUAUUCAGCAUUUAAUGCACUUGAUAGAACCAGAAUUAGCUAAACCAGCAAAUUCACUCUAUCCCCAUAAUUUAUCAUCAAUAUUAGAAACAGCUAUUCGGGCAACAUGUACCAAAGCUGAAGAUCUUGAUGUUCAACGGCGACUUGACGUAAGAUUAUUGACACCUUCUGAUAAAGAAACUGGCUGGGAUGUAUUUAUUCUUGAUUAUAAUGUCGAUGGACCUAUUGGAACCAUAUUGGAGCCAUGCAGACAGACUUAUAGAACAAUAUUUUUUUCAUUGUGGCGAGCAAAACGGAUGGAAUCAAUUUUAUCGACAAUAUGGAAACAUCAAAUAACAUCAGCAAAAAUAUUAAGAAAAAUGCCUGAAAUAUUGCCAAUUCAAAAGCAUAUUCAUUUAAUAACAAGUAGUAUGGUACAUUUGGUACAUCAAAUGCAGUAUUAUUUUUUAUUUGAAGUUAUUGAAUGUUCAUGGGAAGUAUUUGCUAAAAAUUUACGACAAGCAGCAUCACUUGAUGACAUUAUUAUUGCACAUAAUAAUUUUGUUGAAUCAGUAAGACAUGGAACACUAUUGGAUGAAAAUUCUCAGGAGCUUAUGAAUCAUUUACGUUCUGUUUAUGGGCCGAUAUUGGAUCUUGAAAAUUUAGAGGAAACAUUUCUUGCCCGAGCAACACAAGAGUAUGAGGCUCGAGUCAGUAGUAAUAAAUUUAUUGAAAUAACAAGUGAGAAAACAAAAAGUUGGGGUAAAACAAACUCAAUAGACGCUGAAAGUACUGAAAGACAGAAUGCCUUUACAAAAUAUCUUACGACACUUUCAAGACAACUUAGAGUUUUGUCACGAACAUAUCAAGAUCGUGUAAAAAAAUUUCUUCUUAUGCUUGCCUCUGCUGAAGAUGUUUCUCUUCAAUUACUCAGCGUAAGGCUUGAUUUUAAUGAGCAUUAUAAAAGUGAAGACAGCAGUCUUGUAGCACCUCUUACCUAUCAACAUCGUCGACAAGGCGACAAAAGUUUUUCAGCAUCAAAGUGACACUUUGAAUUUUUAUUCGAUUUAAAUACUUUACAUUGUAAUAAUCAUCUAAAGCUAAAAAUAUUAUUUUAUAAUCAAUUAUUAGCUUACUACGCUCAAAUAAAUAUAACUAAUAAAUCGCUACGUAAAUUUAACUUUUACGUCUUUCCUCAAGUGUCCUCUAUAAUCACCAAGGAUUCGAAUCCUAUAAAUUUAAUUUGUCAAAUUCAUUUAUCAUUGACAAGACUAUCACAAAUUAAAAAUACUCAUGGUUUAAAUAACAACCUCAUGAUUAUCGACAUGAAUAAACAACAAUAUGAUAAUAAUAAUAAUAAUAAUAAUAAUAAUAAUCUUCUAGGGCGCGGUAAUACAAGUUAUGAUACAAUAACUUCAACAGUUUCAUAUAACGACAGUCUUUUUAAAAUUCCAAUUAGCAAAAAACUUGGAAAAAAGAAUCAGCCAAGAAAGCGAAAGAAAAAAAUAAUUUGUUGCUGUGCCAGUUAAUAAUCCUGUACACUUUUAUUAUUAUUAUUUUUUUAAACUAUAUACCUGAAUUAAAUUAAAAGGUGAUAUUUUAUA